AUGGAGAAAAUGAGAGUGAUACUAAUUACUCAAUUCCUAUUCAUAGCUGCAGCAGCUGCAGCACAAGUUGAUGAUGGAAAAGCUAUUAAUCCUAAUCAAAAUCUUAAUCCCCUUAAUAACCAACCUCAAGCCUAUGAAUCUCCAAGAUUCCAAAAGUUUGUGACACAUUGCACCUCACAUAUUGCUGAAACUUGCAGUGGAAACGAUGCUUUGAUACAGCAUCCAUAUGUGUUGGCCCAAUGUCUUUUCACCUCUAUGGAAAAGUGUUUGGUAGACCAUGGGGCCGCACUUUAUCCAUCAACUAAGACCGUCACAGAGCCCCAUCAAGCCAAAGAGAAAGCCCAAGACCAGGCCCAAGAACAAGAGCCCAAAUCUCCUAAGCCACUCUUUUAUCAUCCAUUACUAGUUGAUGCUCUGAACUUUCAAACCGUCUUGAGAGACUGCACACGUGUCACUGCACGGACUUGUUUGAGGGGUCCAAAUGUUGCCACGUCAUCAGUUUUAGCGGCGUGCCUAAUUCCAUCUAUGAAUCAAUGCGUAUAUCCCCGUGGAGCUGAACCCAGUAUUAUCUCUUAUUUAUUAAAGGAUAAGAUAUUCUGGAAAAAAAAUCUGAACGAAUUGACAUUAUUUCAAUGCUUGUUCUAA